AUGGAUCCCCAGACCUUCGAAUUAGACGAGUCGACUGGCUCGACCGUGCUGGAUCAGUUGGACUCCCAUUCCCAUUCAAAUCGCGACUCCGUCUCCAGUUUCACUAGUGUCCCCGGCCGAUCACUCAGUAUCAGCAAGAAAAAUAUCACUCCGAUACCCGCAAACCUCCUGCCUUCGGCUCCCGCUUCUCCACCAACACCUGCGCCGAGUCCUACUCCACACCAACGCCCCCCGGAUUGGCAAUCGUCCGAUGACGAGGAGAAUACAUUUUUACUGAACCUGCGCAUCCACUUCAGUACCUUGUCUAAUACCCGGAAGCAAAAACUCCUCGAGAGUCUUUUGGACGUAUGCGACAGCCAACAACUAAGCUUUGUUUCAGGCUAUGUCGGACCGCGCCUGCGCAAGGAUCCGUUUUUGGUCUUUCCAAAUGAACUAUGCUUGAGGGUACUCUCCUUUAUCGACGACCCAAAGACCCUCGCAAGGGCAUCGCAAGUGUCAAUACGAUGGCGUGAAUUAUUAAACGACGAUAUAACUUGGAAGAAUCUCUGCGAAAAGCAUGCAUAUUCAGUACGGCGGAUCCAGGAGGAUGAUAACAUGGAGCCUACCACUCCUCGGUCCGUGGACUCGAACUUGGAAACGCACUCGUUAAACGACUUACAACUACGGUCGGAUUCCAAUGAACCCACCGUUGAGAGUGACCCGGAACUCCCCCGCACUAUGUCUGUAGAGGGAUGGUUACCACCAACCAGCUUCCCUCGAAGACGUCGGACUCGACCGGUCUCGUACCGAUCGCAGUUCAAGCGAAAAUAUAUGGUCGAGUCCGCUUGGAACAAGGGUGGUCGGUGCACACAGCGUCAUAUCACACCCGACCAGGGGGUUGUGACGAGUUUGCAUCUGACUUCAAAAUAUAUCGUUGUUGCAUUGGAUAACGCCAAGAUUCAUGUUUAUGACACCAACGGCGAUAACCAGAAGACACUCCUGGGCCACGUGAUGGGAGUAUGGGCUAUGGUUCCGUGGGACGACAUUUUGGUUAGCGGAGGAUGCGACCGAGAUGUGCGAGUAUGGAAUAUGGCGACCGGCGCGGGAAUCCAUUUGCUUCGAGGUCACACAUCAACGGUCCGAUGCUUAAAAAUGUCGGAUCAGAACACGGCUAUUUCGGGAUCCAGAGAUACCACACUACGUAUUUGGGAUUUGACCACGGGGACCUGUCGCAAUGUUUUGGUUGGCCAUCAGGCUAGUGUCCGGUGUCUAGCAAUCCAUGGCGACAUUGUGGUCUCUGGUAGCUACGACACCUCGGCGCGUAUAUGGAGUAUCUCUCAAGGCCGCUGCCUGCGAACCCUUACCGGUCACUUCAGCCAGAUUUACGCCAUCACUUUCGAUGGACGACGGAUCGCAACGGGAAGCUUGGAUACCAGCGUUCGCAUCUGGGACCCGCAAUCUGGACAGUGUCACGCCAUCCUGCAAGGGCAUACGUCUUUGGUAGGCCAGCUGCAGAUGCGCGGUGAUACGCUUGUGACGGGUGGCUCCGAUGGUUCCGUGCGCGUCUGGUCACUAACGAAGAUGGCGCCUAUUCACCGACUGGCUGCCCAUGAUAACAGUGUCACCAGUCUCCAGUUUGACAAUAAUCGUAUCGUCAGCGGUGGAAGCGAUGGACGUGUCAAGGUGUGGAGCUUGCAGACUGGCCAAUUACUGCGAGAGCUCUCCACCCCGGCAGAAGCAGUUUGGAGAGUCGCAUUUGAAGAAGAAAAAGCCGUGAUCAUGGCUAGUCGAUCUGGCCGGACAGUAAUGGAGGUCUGGUCAUUUGCGCCACCUCCAGAGACAUACGAUGAUAGUGUCCUUAUCGAGAGUGCCUCCAGCACACCUGGACUCGGCUCGGACGACAAAGACUUGACAGUAAACUGUCGACGCCGAACCCUUUUCUCCGAUCCACCCCCGACCAUCUUGGGCAGCGACGCUGACCAAGCCAUGCCCGACGCACCAUCUUGA